AUGUCUGUGCAUCCAGCUUACAAAGUUCUACUUCUCCUUAUAUCAGUGGUCCUCGUCUCAUUGAUUAUAUUUAAUUCUAUACCAUACACUGUUGUUCUCAAACCACUUGCCGUGUACCAUGUCGGCAAGUGGAGUGCGGUUGGCAAGGAGUGCGGUGCCACCCACGCUAACACUGGGAUCAACACAGUGUCAUACGGUAACGAGAAUAUUUCCAGAGAGAUCCACGAUGAACAAGAGGCAACUGAUCGCACGGAGAUCCCUGUCCAGGGACGAGUGACAGCCAAAAUCGCAAUCACGGAGAGAGUCACCCGUGGACGUCUGUCUAACUGUUCCCUCGCUGAUAUCAGAAAGAGGUCAGGAGUCGUGCUGUUAACAACAACGAACUUUGCCUUUUUGGACAUGACGUUGAACAUGAUUGAGAGUAUCAAAAGAGCAGGCCUGUGCGUGAAUACCACAGUCAUAGCAGAGGACCAGAAAUGCCAUCAAUAUCUGAAAGAGAGAGUUCGGGACGACCCUGCGGUGCAUGUCAUUAUGACUAGCUCGGGAGAAACAAAAAGUCAACUGAUACGAAGAUAUACUCGCGAGUUCUUUCGGUUUUUCAACAAGCGUCAAGCGUAUAUUCUCGCCUUAUUAGAACAAGGGCUGGAUGUUCUUUUCACUGAUUCAGAUACAUUUUGGUUCCGAGAUCCUUUCCCAUACUUCCGAGGAGACUUCGAUAUGUCGAUGAUGGACUCGAAAUCACCCUAUCCAACUCGCGCCGAAAAUGCCAAUUUUUGUGCAGGGUUUGCGUACUACAAGUCGACUGCCGUGACGAUUCGAUUCGUCAAGGCGUGGAUUCAAACCAUGGAAAACAACGAAAAAGCUGGGAAGAUCCGAGCAGAUCAAGGUGUCAUGAAUUCCCUCUUACGGUCCGACGACCCGGUACAUGUGCAUGUCCAACCGUUAGACAUUAACCUUUUCCCAAGUGGUCCAAAGUUUUAUUCCCUGUUGGCUAAACAGGCCAACUACUCAGCUAUAGUGAUGCACGCCGCCAGUAUCCGUGGACAUGAAGCCAAGAUUGAAAAAUUCAAAAGUUCAAACAUGUGGCUUGUGAAUAUCACGACCGGGUAGGAAGGAGGUCAUUAUGAUCUACUACUGACUCCCUGAUUUGCACAGACUGAACUGCGUACGAUUGCAAGAAAAGUCAAGUAUCCGUGAACCUAGCUAAAGCUUCCUAAUGUACACUAUUAAUAAUAGUAAUUAAUUAAGUAAUAAUAAUUAUGUUAGCUUAAAUGUCACACAUCCUUGAUAAAAUACAUGUACGGAUAAUCAUGCAAGUAUCCAACAUUGCUUACUGAAGUCUGUGUUGCUACAUUUAAAAAUUAGUAAGGCACACAUUUCUGAUCGAAUGUCAUCCAAAAAUAUGUAAUUAUGAAACUCAACCAGCUGACGUCUCUUUGUUAUCCGCUAUAGGACGUCUGUUUGUGAAUCACGGUGUAGUUAAAAAAUGCUUCAGUCCUUCCAUAAUGUCAGUACCAAGCUGAUACGUUACUGUCAGAUAAGUUGUGUUUUAAUCUUUUGGAAAAUUUUUAAAGACUGAGUUGUAAUGCUCACUCCUGUUAUUCUUUUUCUAAUCUAACAUUAUGAAUAUACAUAUUAUUGUUGCGCCUCUAAAUCUGUGUGCAGAUAUCAGGCGGAACGUAUGAUUCAUUUUUGCACUUCAAACAACCUUAUGCAUUUCAGGUAUCUGAAAGGCAGUUCUUUGUUGAUUACAUUUACUAACAACCAAUGCACGAAAGUUUUACUCAUGUCUGUCCAACUAUAAAAAAAAAAUUUAAAAAAAAACAUUGCCCUCUAACUCCUCACUUCAAAUGUAUAAGGUAUACAUGAAUGCACGAACUGAAUAUGAAUGACCGUAGCGCGAAAGUGAAUGAUAAAACAAGAAUCUGCUUUUUCCCUUUAACGCCAAAUUCCACAUUGAGACGAAUUUCUUGAAACCUGGACCAAUCAGAGUGCUACACUUGCAAAUUACACUUCCCAAAAUAUGAAAUCUAUUGGUGUUAACUCGAAAUCGAAAUUAACAAUGGAGCCCAACGACGUUCUGGAACGAAUUAAAGUAGCUUUCCAUGGUAUUUGAAUGAUACAAGUGUUGUAAGUAAUUGGAAAAUAUUAUGUGACAUGCCAACAGUGGACAGAAAUCUGGCCUCAAGAAAUCUCUGUGUGUUUACCUUGAGAGUGUAGUUAUACGGCUUUCACGAUGCGCCUAUGGAUCUCAGUCUCGAGGUAGGAGUUGUUGAGCCAAAGUACACAUAUUCGUGGACGGUUUCCAGCUCAUAGUCUGUGAUGCGGAUGGAUGGUGGAUGUUGGACGCCCUAGCCUAUUACCUUUGUCUAUUUCAGGCUGACGGUAAGCCCAAAGUUCUUACAGGAAUCCGUCAAGCGAUUAAUGAGCUGUUGUAAGUCUUCCUCUGAGUGAGUAGUAACGGCCGCAUCAUCUGCGAACAGGAGGUCCCUGAGACAUCUCGUUUGCACCUUG